CAUGGUGCUGUCGUAUAAAUUAUGAGUCACGCGUACGUGUUUGUGCAAGGAUGCCCAACCUAACGGUAUCUCCUUACUUUAACCUCACCAUGUUCAUUAACAUCGGGCCGUACCGCUACCCGGCGUUGACCUGGUGCCUCCUGCUUUACGUUUUCAUCGUGUGCGCCAACUUGGCGGUGGUGCAGACGAUCUGCCGUGAGAAGACCCUUCACGAGCCCAUGUACAUAUUCGUGGCCAGCUUGUCCUUCAACGCCCUGUACGGCUCCACGAGCUUCUUCCCCCGCUUCCUGUUGGACCUAACCUCCGACGCUCACCUGAUUUCACGCUUCGCCUGCUUCGCGCAGAUCUACUUCAUCUACACGUACGCCGCCAACGAGAUGACCACGCUGUGCGUCAUGGCCUACGACCGCUACCUGGCCGUGUGCCACCCGCUGCAGUACCACAGCAUGAUGACGGCGAAAAAGGCCCUGAUCCUGGUCGCCCUGGCGUGGGUCUUCCCAGUCUUCAUUCUCUCCAUACUGAUCUCACUGUCGGCAACGCUGCCCCUGUGCGGCAACGAGAUCCAGAAGGUGUUCUGCGCCAACUGGAACGUGGUCAAGCUAUCGUGCGUGCCCACCGGGGUCAACAACGUGGUGGGCAUGUUCAUAACCAUCUGUACAGUUUUCCUCCCUUUGGCCUUUGUCCUCUACACGUACACCCGCAUAAUAAAUGUCACCUGGAGAAGCUCAGCCAAAUUCAAAGGGAAAGUAUUCCAGAGCUGUUUGCCGCACAUGGUCUCCUUUGUCGUUUAUUCCGUUGCCGCGUUUAGCGACAUCGCUCUGAGCAGGUACAAAAUGGAGGACUUGAAUCGCUUCUUGGCCAUCUUUCUAUCUCUGGAGUUUGUGGUCAUUCCGCCGCUUAUCAACCCUCUGAUAUACAGUAUGAAGCUGUCGUAUAUUCGCAGACACAUAUUCAAGAAGCUGUGA